UUUUGUUUUUGGCAUUCAGAGUUGGCGCGUGCAACAGCACACAGAGUGCGCAAAGAAAGUGUAAAAAAGUGAAAACAUUUUCAAAUUAUUUAAAUAGAAUAUUUGCAAAAAUUAAUAAUUUGCCACAAAAGCUGAACUUCUAUUGUACAUGAAGCUUAAGCGUCGGUUUAAUGUAUAAUGUUGGCACAGGAGAUUGCACCUACGGAAAUUGGUAAACACGCAAAUAUUAUUCGAGUCGCUCAAGAGGAAUUGGCCAACAUGGAUGUACUCGUCUGUGGACGAUGCCUGAGAGCCUACAAUUUUGUCGAAGAAUUCCAAGCUCAUAAGGAAGAUGCGUGCGAGAAGGAGAACGCUAAUCUUAAAGAAUCUCUGGAUACAAAGCCUACCAUUUGGGCAUUCACCCUGUGGAAGGCCACACAAUUGCAUCAGCGUAAAGAAACUGCCAAUUCGAAUUCGUGGGCUCUAUACCAGCAUUGGGUGAAGCUCGAGGAUAGUGUACGAGAACCGUGGAUUGUAGCCGGAAAAACAAUACAAUCAUUUGGCAAAAUCGGACAUGGACAAUUGCAGGAUAUGCCGGUGCGCAUCACAAAAACUGUUGUCAAUCCUAGCAAUAGUAACAAUACUUCUAAUAGCACCAAUAACUCCAGUGGCAGCAGUAAUAAUGCAUCUACCAGACGAUCAUCUGCCGGAAAAUUGCCUACAUUAGCGAAUCAACUAAAGGACACAGAAAAUGAAUGGCCAACAAAAGCCAAAGGAGCUCUUGCAGCAUUGCCCGCUAUCUCUACCUCCACACCGAAGGUUAACAAUAACAAUCGCAUGGCCACACGCGUUGAUACCAAAACCGAACAAUGCACCGAGGAGGCGGUAGAGAAAAUUGUGGCCAAGCGCUUCAAUCCACGCCGAAAGACCCAUGAGUAUUUAGUUAAAUGGGUAGAUCGAUCACAUCAUGAAAACACUUGGGAAGCAAUGGCCAAUUUAGAUCGUGUACCAUAUUUUCUGCAAAUGUUUGAAAAGCAAUUGGCACGACAGAAAUUGACUAGAGAGAAGGGCUUGGACGCUAUGAAAAGGCUUCAGCCACAAUCCAAGACUUCAGAGGCCACCUCGACUACAGUAGCAUUGAACACUAGCAGCAGUCCCGGCGCAGUUUCACCACCAUCACGUCCAUCACGCACCUCAAAAACAAAGGCCAUGGAUGCCUUUAAGCAAUGGGUUAACGAGAGUGGUGCCAAUGAAGAGGGUUCCACGUCACCAUCACCAUCGUCGGCCAAUGAGGAUGAUGAAGACAUGACCGCAUCUCCAACACCGGGAGCUGGUGUUAAACGAAAACUCAAUCAUAGUGGCGGCUCCAUUUUAGAUGGAAGUAGCAUAGAGUUAGGAGAUUUGGAAGAAGACUUAAUACCUUCUCAUACGGUUAAGCGUUUAAAGAAUGGCGGUAGCUCUGUCCAGCUAAAUAAGCCAAGGGAGAAACCACAUGAGAAAUCAGCACAGGUUGCCAAAAUUAAUGGCAAUUCAUCAGCCUUUGUAGCCGGUGGAGGUCCUGCAGGAGCAGCCAAUAAUGAACAUAAAAUGGGAGAGAUUAUCUAUACAGAAGAUAGUACCAGUUCAGGCAUGUUUCGUAAACCCGAAAUGCCCAAUACCUUGCAAAUGAAGAAGGAUCGUGUGGAAUGUCCUGUACGUGUUCUCGCACGCUCGGAAAUUGCCGGCAAUUCGCGCGGUGUCUUUCGCAUAGCAGGAGAAAUACAACAACAACAACAGCAGCAGCAGACGGUGCAACAGCAGAAGCAACAGCAGCCCGAGGUAUCACCAACAAAGAUUAGCCCUGUGGGUGGUGCCAAACGUUUUGCCGUUUCAAGAGCUGUUGGUUCGGGUUCAGGAUCCGGUUCCAAUUCUCCCAUCACUGUUGGUCUACGUCAGCAGGUAUUGCGGACACCUGGACAACAAGCAGCCGCCAUUCAGCGGCGCCCUAAUCAGCAGGUGCAACAACCACUGAGGCAGCAGCAGCAACAACAAACGCAAUUAGCAGCUAGAGGCAAACCUCCUCCCAAGAUAAUAGCACGAGCCGGUGCCGGAACAGUUGGUACACCUCAGCAUCAACAGCAACAGCAGCGUCAGGUUGCAAAUGUUGGAAACCGAUUGGUUACACCUGAACAGAAAAUUUUACAACUCUCGAAAUCGGGCGACCUGAAGGUUACCCGCAAAGUUGUUAGUCGCGAAGAUUUACUUACUCCACGCGCUAAUCAAGUGCGUCAGCAACAGCGACAACAAACAGUCCAGCAAAAGCUGGCAGUAUCGUCCCAACAACAACAACAACCGCUCAGAGGAGGAGGAGGGGGACUUUUAACUCCCAAACUGCCCACCAUAGCCCGCCCUGCCGUGACCAAGCCGACACAAGCCAGCAUUCAGCUUCAAGUACCGAAGGCGGAAGACGAGGAAGAGGAGAUACAACAGCAUCAGGCCCAACUGUGUCCGAUAACAGGAAAACUUAUUGGCCAAGAGGAAUCACAGCUGAAAAUGGAGCAAGAGCAGCAACAGGAACAGCAACGGGAACAACUGGAGGCAGCGGCGCAGGCUCUACUCGGCAAUGAUCAGCAAGUUCUAACCAAUGAGGAUGGCUCGGCAUUGUUGGUGCGUGGCGAAGAUGGCACUGUCUAUCAGGUGGCUGGUAAAAAUGCCGAGGGUCAGACAAUUCUGGUGACCCAGGGCCCAGAUGGAGAGCAACAGUUUGCCUAUGUGGCUGCCGCUGAGGGUGAUGAACAGGAUGUCAUAUCACUUGAUCAUGCUGUCGCUGAGGCCGUACAGGGUGCAGCCGGCGGCACCGAGGCUCAAACUGCCGAUGGUGAACAGAUUCUUGUAUCCAUGACCGAAGAUGAGCUGGCUCAACAUCAGGCUGCUUUGCUGCAGCAGCAACAGCAAACGGAAAUUGCAGGAGGAGUGAGUGGAGGAGCGCCAUCCACAGCUCAGAUACAUAUAACCACCUCCGAUAGCGAUGGCACUGAGGCUCAAAUACCAGCUGAAGUUGUUCAAGCUGAUUUACCCUCGCCUGGUGGCACACGACGCGUCGUCUUAUUGCUGCAGGAUGGCACCUUUAUGAUGACUGAAAUGCACGAGGAUCAAUUUAAGACGCUAAACAUCCCGACGUAAAUCAAUUUGAAAUUAGACCCCCCUCCCCAAACGCACUACAAACACACAUACACCCCCACUACACCACCACCAACAUGCCCCUCCUAGUACAUCCUAGAUUUAAUCUUAGUGGACUGAUGAUUGAUUAUUAUCAGUGAUCAUCAUCAUCGUCAUCAAAAUCCUCGAUGUUGUUGUUAUCCAUGCAAACGUGCAGCGACAGCAGUGCCUUCUCUUUCAUUUCCAUGGCUAAAUUCUCUAUAUAAAGAGAAGUUCUCCGCACAUAUUGUCGCUGCUUUCCGCAUCCAGCAUCAACACAUCGGCUGACACGUACAGAGAUAACGCAAGAAGAAAGAAAAAAUCGUAAGAAAUAAAAAAAAAAAAACAAAAGAGUAAAAAAGAUGAGAAGGAACACAAUGAAGAACCCUUCCCAUUCUAAGUCUAUUUUUAUGGUCGGGGUCGCAUGAUCAUUAUCAAACUAUACUGGUACAGCGGCUUCCACUUUGCAUAUACAUAUAUAAAUAUAUAUACAUAAUAAUACAUUAUUUACCUACCAUAAUAAUAAUAAUGAUAAUACAAUUGUAAUUUGGACUACAAAUCGUAUUAAUUUAUAAUAAUUAAUUUACGUAACUCUUAAAAUGCGUUGUGUAAUUCUCUUAGUAAAAUGCAAUUGCUUGUUGCAUUUCGAGUAGGAACAAUUAAAAGCGCAAAACAAAAAACAAAAAAACAAAACAAAAACCAGAACAAAACUCAAUUUGAAUCGGAAAUUUCAUCAUUAAACUCUCGCCACCCCUUCACAAUACCGAAUAAUAUUUAUAAUUAAUUGUGUAUUUGAACAAUGUUUAAACAUUUUUUAAACAUAAAAACUCUGACAUUAAAAUUCAUUGCAAACAUUUUGUUUUUUUAAUGAAAUCAUUUCCUGAUAAACAAAACAAAACAAACAAAAAAUAAAAACAUAAAACAAAUGAAAAUACAGCGAAAAUACAUAAACGUACAUAGUGGAAAAAUA